AGUGUGCGCAGAUCUGGGCAUGUGUGGAAACGUGUAUGCGCGUAUUAGCUUAGUGAAUAUAUAUAUAUAUAUAUAUAUAUAUAUAUAUAUUUGAAUGUACAUUCGCUUUCGCGGCGUCUGUCGCGCUGUCGUCGUUCUCGCGCGUAAAACCGAGCUUCACUAUAUACUUUCACCUGCAUAUACGAGCUGCGGGCAUGAUGAUUUGUUGUUGAUAUUAUUUUGAUCGUUAUGGACUUUGAUUUCGCGAGUUACGUCGGGUGAAAACACGGGGAUUGAAGAACUGCAGCUUUAAUGUAUUUGUCAGACAGCUUGAGUGCAAUCAAGAUUUUGAUGGUUUGAUCUAUGAAAGUUUAUACCAAUAUAGUACUUUGACAGUUUUCUUGUAGCUUUCUCCUUUUAUUUUUAUAAAUACUUUUUUUUGGUGGGAAACAAAUUGAUAAUGACUGAAAACGACGCUAAUAUUGCAGCUGACAACUUGAGCAAGAGUUACUUGCCAGCUUACCAAACAUUGCAGUUCUCCAAAGCAAAUAAAUCCAAUGCGGAAAUCGCGGACAUUGAGCGGAGAUGCCUGUUCACAAAGUAUAUGAUUUGUAGAAAUGAUACCAAUGAAAACGUUGCUGCUGCCUUGCUUCAACGAGAGCUGGAAAAGUAUACAAACUUUGUCGACAGUAAGAACGGUUUAAAUAAUUACUGGGAGCAGUUCAAUUCAUUGAACAUUACUACUGACAAUAAUCCUCAAGAAUGGAAAUCAAACAACCUGCCUGAUCCAAAAGUGGCCUUGCAAUUUUUGGAGCCAUUGCCUUGCAACACAGAAAGCAGUGGAUCUUGUAAAAAUAAGAAAUACGUGGAUAGAGAUGUUGGGAAGUUAAUGGAUUUAUGGAAAAAGGGAGGGAUAUCACCAAGAGCAAGGAAAAUACCUCGGCAUGACACAAAUAAUGCCCACAAAGCCAUGAAUGUUGAUGCUGAAAUGAAAGAAGAAAAAUCAAAGUCAUUUGACUAUAAAAACAUUAAGAAAUCAAGUAGUACUUCUGAGAGGACAAGUUUAAAUUCUGAUAAGCCAAGUUUUGUUACUAAAUUAAGCAUGUUUAGAAAUGACUCUCGUGCAGCUGUUGAAAGUAAAGAAGAGAUUUCUGAGAAAAGAUUCCUGAAUCCUGACAGAUUGAAAAGGCCAAAUUUAUUGAAGAAUGAGUCGCAAACAUUUGAAAGAAGAGAAGAAACUACAAACAAGCAAAAUGUGUUUAAAAAUGAACUUGCAACAAUUGAGCAAAGACAAGACAGAAAUUUUAAUGGAAGGCCGCAUUCAAAUUCUGAAAGAAAUAGUGGAAACAGAGGAAAUGUAUUCAAGAAUGAGCACCAAAACAGGCCAGUAGAAAGAGAGGAGAAACCAGAAGAAAAGAAAUUCGCAAACUUCAAAUCAGCCAGAACAGUUUUAGGGAUUCAGCAGGCAAAGAAUAAUAAUAGGCAACAACCCUCUAACAACAGACAGCAACCCAUGAAUAACAGGCAACAGCCCAUUAAGAAAUCCCUUGGUGGCAGAGCUGUUAACUCGGCCUAUGUUUGUCCAUUCAAAGACGAUCAGCCUAAAGAAGAGGAAGAACCUCCAGAACCAACAGAUGAGAGAUACAAAAACAUUGAACCAAAAAUGAUUGAACUCAUUAAAAAUGAAAUCAUGGAUUGUGGCAGCCCAAUAACAUGGGAUGAUAUUGCAGGACUGGAACAUGCCAAGAGAAUAAUAAAAGAGAUUGUUGUCUUUCCAAUGUUGCGUCCUGAUAUCUUCACAGGAUUGAGAAGGCCACCAAAGGGAAUCUUGUUGUUUGGCCCACCUGGUACUGGUAAAACUUUGAUAGGCAAAUGUAUAGCUUCUCAAAGCAAAUCAACAUUUUUUUCCAUAUCUGCAAGUUCCCUCACUUCCAAGUGGGUGGGUGAAGGUGAAAAAAUGGUGCGGGCACUAUUUGCUGUUGCCCAAGUGGAACAGCCUUCUGUUGUUUUCAUUGAUGAAAUUGACUCCUUGCUUUGUCAAAGAUCUGAAACUGAGCAUGAAUCUUCCAGAAGAAUGAAGACUGAAUUUUUGGUACAGUUGGACGGUGCAUCUACUGGAGAUGAAGACAGAAUCCUAGUAAUUGGCGCUACAAACAGACCUUAUGAACUAGAUGAAGCAGCUCGUAGAAGACUUGUAAAAAGAUUAUAUGUGCCAUUGCCAGAAUUGGAAGCUAGAGCCCAGAUAGUGCGAAAUUUACUCAAAUCAGAACGUCACGAUUUAACCAGUGACGAUGUUUAUGAAAUUGCCAAAUUAGCUGAUGGUUAUUCUGGCGCUGAUAUGACAAAUUUAUGUAAAGAAGCAAGUAUGGGACCAAUUAGAAGUAUUCCUUUUGAUCAGUUAGAAGGCAUUAGCAAAGAAGAUGUGAGAAAAGUAACUUUUCACGAUUUCAAAGAAGCCCUUGCUACUAUACGACCAUCUGUUUCUCAGAAAGAUUUAGCAGUUUACAUUGACUGGGAUCGCACCUAUGGGACUGCUAGUGUUCAUACACACUGAUUAUAAAGUAGAAAAAAACAUGUAACUUAAAAUUUAUAGUUUCAAUUCUUUUUAUUAGUACUGUUAAUAUCAUGGCAUAUAUUCUUUAUAAAAUUAAUUUAUUUUUUUUAUAAUAUAUUUAAUACAAAAUUAAAAAACGAAAUGUAAAUAAAUAAUCAAUUCAUUAUUUUCUGAACCCCUUAAAAAAUGUAUAAUGCCUUAAAGCCCUGACCAUAAAAAAUUAAUUAUAAACUAGGUAUACAUAAACAGUAACUCAAUAGAUUAGUUUGCAACAGAAUGGAGUUUGAUAUGGUAAAUAGUACUUUUGGUUGCAACUAGUAGUCUUUGAUCACCCAAGAUUUCCAUAAUAUUUACAGAAACGAUAGGUUCAGAAGCAACAUGAAUCCUUUUGGAUUUUUUGCUUUUGAAAUUGAUUGUCCUCAAUGCUGAUUCAUUCUCAACAUAAAAUAAACAUACAUCACCUGGAAAAAAAAACAUAUAGUACUACAAUAUUGGUUUCUAUUAUUUACUUAUAUUUAAAUCAUGAAUCAAAUAAAAUGAUUACCUGAAUCUAAUCCAAUAACUAAGAUUCUGACAUGAAACAGUAUGGCAGUAACUGAACCUUCCAGAAAUGGAAAAGUAUUAUACAUCUGCCAUUUAGUUUUAUAUACUGAUAUACCUAAAUGACCCCUUUCUAAAAUUAUAAAAAAGAAAAUUAUUUUAUUCAAGGGAGUAAUUGUAAAAUUUUACAUUUUUAUAGCAAUAAAAGCUACAAUACCUGUAACACAAAAUGCAACACAUGGGUUGAAUAAAUAAUAUUGCCGUACUUUUUGGUUUUUUGGAACCCCAAUGGACUUUACAUCCGGCGUGUACAAAAAUGUGGAUAACUGACUAAUAUCCUUUAAAUCCAACUGACAAUAGAGACCA